CAAAAGCUUCUAAAGUAAAGCCACAAUUGAGGCAUGCAACGCUACCUCCGCUGUACUCAGAAAAAAGGGCAACAGCAUCCGCAAGUCUUCCUCCAAGAUUUGUAGGGAAACAAUCCUCAAAUUGUGCUAUUUGUCGUGUAUGUUCGUCUGUUGUCUUGUGUCCUGCCCUUGCUCCUUUAGUGGAGUUUGUUGAGCGUUUAAACCGCGUCGGAGAUUGUUUUCCCGUUGUCCUUUCCAUGUGUUUCGGAAAUUUUGCAUCGCUCUAGAAGAAGGGGUCAACAGGCCUCGACCGACCGGACACGCAGAGAAACGAACGUAGUUCUACGAACAUCAUCAGUAUCGGCAUUCCGCCGGGCUCCUUGAUCCUCUGGAGGCCGAGAAUAGGGCUAUCUCCGCGUGGUGCUUGUGAAUCGGAUCUCGAUGCGGAGUCGUACAGAACAGGUAACGAACACGGUCGACGGUUCCGACUACGAUGACGAUACGGAUUUCGAAGACUCCGAGGAGGACUGGCGCCCGGAAAAGGGUGACUCGAAGGUCGGUCUGAAGCGCAAGAGUGUCGAUACCACGGCUGCCGCAGGGCGUCGUGGUAAUCGGAAUAGCGGUGUUGCAGCCAAACGAGGACGCAAAGCCGUCAACAGUGCACCCCGACGACGGUCCGGACGUCCUCGUCGGUCAGCCGGUGGCCGAAAGUCGCUUCCGAGUGACGAGGAAGAAGAGCAGGAGGACAGCGAACGGAAUGAGGAAGAGGAGGAGGAUGACGACGAUGACGACGGCGAGGACAGUGAGGACGACAGUGAAUCGCAGGAUUCACCGGUGUCCUCGAAGCGUGGUCGUAAGUCGAUGAAGAACCGGGCAUCCAGUGGCAGCACCAAGGCUGGCAAGCAGGGCUCCCGUGCUGAAGCGACGAGCCAGCCAACGGCCAAACCGAUCCAGCGAAAGGUUGUGAACAUGACGCAAAGCUUUCCGGACAAGACCGGCAUCUUGAAGCUGUACGCCUUCAAGGACGAUCUGCGCGAAGGUAUUCGGGAAAACUUGAAGUUGUGCCUGUGGCGCCGCGAUGGGUCGAGCUUGCUGCAGAAGUACUUUCGCGAUAAAUCCGUAGACGCGAGCACGCCCCAGUUCACCUCGUCCAUGGUGUACUCCUGCUGGGAAGAUAAGCGAGCGUACGAGUACAUGGAGGUGAAGGUGCGCUGUAUCGAGCAAUCUAAGCACCUACGCGUCCAGAUAGUUGACAUCGAAGCAGUGGAGCGUAGGGCAAAGGAGGAAUACCGAGAGUACGUGGACAAAUACGAGAAACAGUACGCGGCGACGACGGCAAGCGGGAACGAUAGCACACCCUCUAAGGAUGGUGAUGCUCCGACCGAUAAUAAUGCGGACACCGCCGGAAGCCAGGGUGAGGAAGAAGACGGCACCGGCGAUCGUGCUGCCAACGAGGAACAUAACCUGGAGAUGGGCCAGGAUGCCAGUGAGGAGGAAGAGGAGGAGGAUCCUCCCCAGGAAGAAUGAUAAAUAGCGUAGUGUAGCACACUCAAAAAACACUGACUGCGGUGAAGUAGUAGCGACCGAACGGAACGUAACGAAGAAGCGGCAUCUAUGUAGGAGAUACUCUCGAGUAUAACAUUGUAUUUUAAAGUAACCAGUACCCGGAUCGCCCUCUAUUCUCAUAAUUGAACACAAAAUGUUAAUGUACUUUGAAACGUAAUGUUUGUAAUAACCGGACGUCCCUUGAUGUUGUAGGAAGCGGCAAUCAUCAUCAUGGAUGUUUUAUGUUGAGUAAGGACAGAGGAGUGCGUUUCUUGGACUAAAUGUUAGAUAAAGUUACUCACCUCUUAGGCAGUUAGGAUGUCCGAUCGAAAAAGCGAUUGUCUUUAGGCAGGGCCUCGAUUGAGGUGCGAUAGAAUGAAAAUGGUUCAUUGUUUUAAAUGGAGCAUAGAGCGUCCAGGGAAUAUGGCGGGAUUUUUGUUGUUGUUUAGUAGUUUGUGUGUUUCGAAAGAAUACGAAAGGAAAAAGGCUCGUCCCAACGACUGAGAUGCGCACGUCUGAAUGUAGCAGCUGGGUACAGCGUGGCCGAAACAAUAUCCUCCAACAUGUUCCUUCUCUUCACAGACGGCAUGGUGCAAAGGCCGCCACGAACACUGCUGUGUUUCUACAGUAGCCCUGUGUAUUGUCCCAGCCGAAUCGUGUGCUUCACCGUGCAAUAAGUGAGUGCAAACCACAAACCACAUACACCGUAUCGUUCGUUGCUGAUAGCAUAUACUUUGUAUUCAUUAUUCUGAUUAGGCGUACAUAUCAUUUUUGUAUCUCUUUGUUUGUGGUAGAAACAUGAAUAUAACAUUUAAAAAACCAAACACGCACGAACGAACAUGCGGAAAGGUUGCGAGGCGAUCCGAAAUUUUAUUUCGCGAUCGUGUGCACCGUUCCGCUUGGUGAAAAAAAAAAGAAGAACAUAUAGCUGAACAUAA